UGCUGCGAGCCGUCAGUCGGAAUCGGGAUUUCGCAUAGUUCGGACCGUCCGAGGGAGCGCGAUUCUCGAGUCUGUCAAGUCAGUCGGCCGACACGCACGUGGUGCUCGUGACGUUCGACGCGCACACACACGCAUAUACGCGAGUGCAUACACACGACGAAUACGAUUGAGUGGCGGCGCCGGGUGGUGGAGGAAGAGGAGGAGAAAGACAUCGCGAGAGACCCGUGAAAGGCUCUCAGCCGGCGACUUCUCGUCCUGACGCGAUGGCGUGAGGAGUAUUUUGACAGGGUGAAGCGCCAGGAGGCCAGCUAACACGUGUCCACGGCGGCAGAAGCAACGGCAAGAAAUACGUGUUCAUGGUGCGAGAGGUAUUAUGGGGAAAUCUUCAGGCUCCGACGUGCAGAUAUCCUGCAACUAACGGACGUUCUACUUCCUGAGCAGUGACGGAAACGCGGAAAGGUGAAGGAAAAAGUGUGCACAGGCUGUUUACGAGGAUCGUCAUUUGUGGCCGUGACUAUUGUUAUCGGACAGCCGCCCUGACGAAUCAAUAAAUUCCCGAGGAAACCGGAGAGAAAUUAGAUUGCCGUUUGAUCGGCCAUUGUACGUCCGGCCGCUCGAUUCUCAAGCUAUCGAGUGGCGGCACGUUCUCCGGACAUUCGUGUUACCAGAGGAAGAAGAAGAAGAAACAUUAUUAGCUGAAGAAGAGACAAAGAAACGGAGACAUGGCACACGAGAACGGGAUAAACGGUGUGGACACCGACUCGGAGACGGUGGAAUUGAAUCCUUUGAGGAGAACCAGAUUUCACGUGAACCGAGUCGACAGUCUCGAAGGACGGGCGAGUCUUCUAGGCGAGCAGGAGACGAAGAAGUCUCUCAGGCACAUGACCAGGGAAGCCUUGCCCAGGUUAGACAACUACAGGAACAUCAUGAGCAUCCAAGCAGCUCACAGACCUUCCUUAGACGAGCUGCACAAUCCCACUCUUCUCAACAAGGGUUCGGGCUCACACACUUUGACCAUCCCACACAUGAAGUCCACGCCGGCUAGAGUGAAGUUCGGAUGGAUCCAAGGGGUACUGAUGCGAUGCCUCCUCAACAUCUGGGGUGUGAUGCUCUUCUUGCGACUCUCUUGGGUCGUAGCGCAGACCGGAGUCGGCCAAGCUAUUUUAUUGAUCCUCACGACGACGGUAGUCACGACGAUCACGUCUUUGUCGAUGUCGGCUAUCAGCACGAACGGUCUCAUCAAAGGAGGUGGAACAUAUUACAUGAUUUCCAGAUCAUUAGGGCCCGAGUUCGGUGGCUCCAUAGGCCUCAUCUUUUCCUUGGCGAAUGCCGUUGCCUGCUCUAUGUAUGUGGUCGGCUUUUGCGAAAGCAUGGUGGACUGUCUCAAGUCCUACAGCAUCUGCAUAAACGACUGUCACACCAACGACAUCAGGAUCAUAGGUUGCAUAACGAUCGUCGUGCUCCUACUGAUCGUGAUAGUGGGCCUGGAGUGGGAGGCGAAGGCCCAGAUAGGCUUACUGAUAAUUCUCCUCGUGGCUAUUGCCGACUUCAUGAUCGGCACUUUCGUCGGUCCCAAGAGCGAGGUGGAGAGGGCUAAAGGUUUCAUCGGGUACAACGGGGCAUUAUUCAAGGAGAAUUUGUAUCCGGACUACAGGUACAAAGACGGCAAAGACGUGAAACAUAAUUUUUUUUCAGUCUUGGCCAUCUUCUUCCCAGCGGCAACAGGUAUCCUGGCAGGUGCGAAUAUAUCCGGUGACUUGAAGGAUCCGCAAACGGCGAUACCGAAGGGUACGUUGCUGGCGAUACUCUUGACGUCGCUGUCGUACUUGAUAAUGGCGCUUAUGGUUGGAGCUACUGUGAUGCGAGACGCAACCGGCAAUAUUACCGAUCUGUGGACGAUGUAUAACAGUACUCUUACGACUCUGCUUGACGCAGACAACGAUACCUCGAUCGAAAACAGCACGGUUCCCGCAGACGAGGUCGUCAAUCGCACCUGGAGCAUAUACGGGACGGAUUUUAACUGCACUGCAGGAUGUAAAUACGGCAGCCAAAACAGCGCCGAGGUGAUCCAAUUGGUUUCCGGCUUCGGCCCGUUCAUCUAUGCCGGUUGCUUCGCCGCAACGCUCUCAAGUGCCUUAGCAUCGCUGGUCUCGGCGCCGAAGGUAUUCCAAGCGCUGUGUCUUGACAAACUGUAUCCGGGAAUUGCGUGGUUUAGCGGCGAUAAAGAUAAGGAGCCGAUUCGUGGUUAUUUCCUCACUUUCGUCAUCGCUGUCGCUUUCAUCCUGAUCGGUGAAUUGGACGCGAUUGCACCGCUCAUCUCCAAUUUCUUCCUGGCUGCGUACACUCUCAUCAAUUUCAGCACCUUCCACGCUUCUCUGGCCAAGCCGAUCGGAUGGAGACCGACCUUCAAGUAUUACAACAUGUGGCUCAGUCUCGCCGGUGCUAUCCUCUGCGUUUCUGUGAUGUUCCUGAUCUCAUGGUGGACGGCUUUGAUAACGUUAUGCGUAGUUUUAGCGCUGUAUUUAAUAGUACAAUACAGGAAACCCGAUGUGAAUUGGGGGUCGACCACGCAAGCCCAGACAUACAAUAACGCGUUGACCGCCGUGCAGCAGCUGGACCGGGUGGAGGAGCACGUGAAAAAUUACAAGCCGCAGCUCCUGGUGCUCACCGGCGCGCCCAACGCGAGAUCGUCGCUCGUUGACUUCGCUCAUCAUAUCACCAAACAUCAGAGCUUAUUUAUUUGCGCCCACAUCAUCGAGACGCCCAUAUCGUACAAAACGCGCAGUAGUAUGGUGGCGAACUGCACCUCCUGGUUCAGGGCGAACAAAGUCAAGGCGUUCUACUCGCUGGUGGACGGCGCGAGCUUCCAAGACGGUGCUACUUCUCUCUUGCAGGCCGCCGGACUGGGCAAAAUGAGACCCAACAUCCUGCUGAUGGGCUACAAGCAAGACUGGGCUUCCUGUCCUCGGGAGAACCUGAAUAUGUACUUUAACGUCAUGCACAAAGCUCUGGAUAUGCACGUUGCGGUGGCGCUUCUGCGGAUUCAGGACGGCUUGGAUUCUAGCACGGCUGUCGGGGACGUCGAGGACUCGAAGAAAUUAGCGCCUACGUCGAUACCGGGCAAUCAGAGUUUCUCGCAGCUCAGCCAAGCUAGCAGCACUUCGGAUAUAUCAAUACCCGGCAGUCCCGCGCCAAGGCGUUCGAAGACGAUCAACGAGUACCCGAAUGCGUCGUCCGAAGAACAGCGCGAAACUCGACCGAACAUAGUGCCGAUCGCGAAAGACAUACUCAACGUAGUAACCAAGUUCCAACGAAAGCAUAAGAAGGGCACUAUCGACGUAUGGUGGCUGUACGACGACGGCGGCCUGACGCUCUUGUUGCCUUACAUCAUCAGCACCAGGCGUAAUUGGUCGAACAGCAAAUUGAGGGUCUUCGCUCUUGCCAACAAGAAUUCUGAAUUAGAGUACGAGCAGAGAAACAUGGCGAGUCUUCUGUCGAAAUUCCGAAUCGACUAUUCCGCCCUGAAGGUGAUACCGGAUGUCUCGAAACCGGCGCAAGCCAGCACGAAAACGUUCUUCGACUCGUUGAUAGCGGAUUUCCAGCAGUCGACGAAUUCGAAAAAUUCUGAGGACGAAAUUAAAGAUUCCGAACUCAUGGCGAUGAAGGAGAAAACUAACAGACACCUCCGCUUGCGAGAGCUGCUGCUGGAGAAUUCCAUGGAGGCUAACUUGGUCGUUAUGACACUACCGAUGCCACGGAAAGGUGCUGUAUCAGCGCCCCUUUACAUGGCCUGGUUAGAGACGCUGACACGCGAUAUGCCGCCAUUCCUACUGGUCCGGGGUAACCACACGUCGGUUUUAACGUUUUAUUCAUAAUGACGUGAGAAACGGAUGGGCGGAGAAAUAAAAUAACGAGAAGCACGCAAAGAUACAUACGAAUGGCUGACGAUAACAAGCAGUGUGCCGCAGUGUGCCGCAGUAUUACAAUCGAAAAGACUACUACUGAUCAUCUGUAUACGCGGAAAACUGGCUCGACUAUUCGCAGAACGAAACAGAACGAAAGAUCCGGUGAUAUAUCUUUUCAAUGCGCUGUUGCGAAUAUGCCUUUCAUUAUGCGCGAGCAAAUGCUAAGCUUGUGAAGUGAACCGCCGCUGAAGAAUGUGUGCCUACGAUAAGCAAUCUUCAUAUCUGAAAAUAUUCGGACACAUUACAGCAGAAGACUGUAUUAUUUUUUUAACAUUUAAGUAGGAUGUAACUCGAUUUUGAAGGAACUUCGACGUGAAUCUCUACGAUAUAUAUAAAAAGAGCAAUUAUACUUUAUGAAUACUUAAAAUAAACGAUGAUAAGAGCUCUAAGUGACAACUGCAAUCCGUAGCAUUAAUUUUAUUCGUUCGUCGCGCAACAGUAUCUUCCCCUCGUGUAAAUGUUUCACCUUAAAUAUAUUUUAUAUGUGGAAGCAUCCGAAAAGUUUCUAGGGAAACGAUUUUAUUAUUAAUUUCAAAAGAUCGACCGCGAUACUUUUCUAUGGCCAGUAUUCAUAGUCGGAUCUUAUCUUAAGUUCAAGACCGUUUUAAGUUCAUUUACAGAUACUGUACGGCUCAUUUCAUUGGCUACAAAACUCUGAACUUAAGACGACCUUAAAUAUAAAAUUUGACUAUAAAUACCGGCUUAAGUUGAUACACUCAAGAACAAGUUCUGCAUUUUCUUUUGUUAAAAAAAUUCUGUAUUUCCAUGUGAAUAUAUUCUUGUAUAUGUAAGUUCGACGAUCCUUGAAUAUAAAGGACCGAUGUCCAAUAUAUAUUUUCCUAUAAAUAUUGCACUGAAACUAACGGUAAAAUUAAAAGAUUCAUCCAUUUUUCUCAUUAAUCUUGUAAUCUUAAUAUAAUGUUUGUUACAAAAGCGGCUUCACAUCCGUCAUCACGUUUCAUCGUGAAAAAUAGUAUAAAAACUAAACGUCGACGCUUAAAAUGCAGAUAGAACACAUACAGAAGUAACAGCACUACAGAGAAUAUUACAGCUAAGGGAUUGCUACGUUGUUAUUGUAUAAAAUUCGCCAUAGCAACGCUUUUAGCGUUAAUGUAGGGAGAGAUCUCUCUUUGUCUCCUAUUCUAUAUUAUAUAUAUAUAUCUUUCAAAUCUUUACUACGAUACACUCUCUUGAUCGUAUCGUGAUCCAAGAACAGUCCAAGCGUGUUACACAGCGUCUCGUACGUGUAUUAAAUUUUUAUCGUACAGAAAUUUUGCGCUCCUCGAUUUCUGCUUAAACUUUUAAUUGCGUAACUUCGUUAUAACGUGUGACACCACAAUAACAACUAUCAGUGCUCUUACAUAUGAGUAACGUUCCGAUACAUUAUUAGGUGAUAGAUAUUUAUUUGAAUGUUUUUCGUGAACACGUUUCAGACUAGUUGCAGUAGAUGCAUUGCAGGAGUCGGAAUACUGAUAGUCUACCAUCAUAAUCUCUUCCUAAUUGCGUAAGGAUUUUACAAGUUAUGAACGAUCUAUCACUGUAGAAAGAUAUCGGUGCAUUCUUAAUUAUAUAGUUUGAAUUACAAGUUAAUUUUGAUUCAGUUCUGCAUUGUUGACAAAAUAAUCAAUAUUCCAACCCCUUAAAUAUGUGUAUAUAUCUAUAUAUGAAUAUAUUUAUAUAAAAUUGAAUUUGUGCCAUAUCAUGGUAUGUGCCCUAAUUGUAAAGUUCAAUCACGUCGAAGAGAUUACGGUAUGUAAAUGUAGCCUUGCAUUAUAAUAUAUUUUUUGGAAUAUCGCAAGAGAAAAGAAUAGCUGCGUAGAUAUAUAAACAA